UCGACACUCUAUUUUUCCCUGGCCCAACUAAUCAAUCCACUCGCCCUUCCCAGACCGAGGCAUGUCUCAGUUACGACUACGGUCAGCUAACGAUCAGGGUCGUACGCCGUCGUGGCCGUUUCCGUUGGCCGACCUCCGCCCGGGUGCGAGAGCAAGCUUGCGACAGCUACUAUGAUGAUGCAAUCUUUGUUAUAUUUCUAAUCUGUUCUCGCUCGUAGCGACAGCUAAUUAUAAAAGCAAUCGCCUGGACUGACUCGUCUGAAUGAAUAUAUCUGUCUGAUUUGACUUCAAAAACCACACAUCUUCUCUCAAUCCUCCUCCAUCAACCCUUCCGCAACAUUCCUUCCACUAAGUGACGUAGCCAUAUCAUAUACCCCACCUCGAGCUCUCACAAACAUAUCAACGACGACACAAUGGUUCAGAACAAGGGAAUCAUCUUCAAGCAGGUGCCCACCGGAUGGCCCGUCCCAGGCCAGGAUCUCACAGUCGAGGACCGCGGCUUCGACAUCGACCAGACACCUCCCGAGGGCGGAGUGACCGUGAGGAACCACUAUGCGUCCUUCGACCCAUACCAGCGAGGCCGCAUGCGCGCGCCUGAGACCAAAUCGUACAGCCCGCCCUUCGAGCUCGGCAAGCCCAUCACCAACCGCACGAUCAUGAAGGUCAUCAAGUCGAACUCCCCCAAGUUCCAGCCCGGCGACGUCAUCAUCUCCGCGCUGCCCACCCCGAUCGAGGAGUACUCCGUCCUCAGCCAGCCCUACACCGACAAGGCAUGGAAGCUCGAGAACCCGUACAACCUGGACCCCAAGAUCUUCCUCGGCGCGCUGGGGAUGCCCGGCCUGACGGCCUACUCCUCCUUCUACGACAUCGGACAGCCCAAGAAGGGCGAGACCAUCUUCAUCUCCGCAGCGUCCGGCGCCGUCGGCCAGAUCGUCGGCCAGCUGGCCAAGCACGAGGGGCUCAAGGUCAUCGGCAGCGUCGGCGACGACAAGAAGCUCGACUUCAUCGUCAACGAGCUCAAGUUCGACGCCGGCUUCAACUACAAGAAGGAGAAGCCCGCGGACGCGCUCGCCCGCCUCGCCCCCAACGGCAUCGACAUCUACUACGAGAACGUCGGCGGCGAGCAGCUCGAGGCCGCCCUCGACGCCAUCACUAACCACGGAAGAAUCAUCGCAUGCGGCAUGAUCUCUCAAUACAACGUCGUCCCCGCGGACCGCUACCCGAUCAAGAACCUCAUGCACGUCGUCGCCAAGCGCCUCACGAUGCGCGGCUUCAUCGUCGGCGACGACAACAUGGGGCCCCGCUACGCCAAGGACCACCAGGAGAAGCUGCAGAAGUGGAUCGCGGAUGGCGAGUUCAAGACCAAGAUGAGCAUCACCGAGGGCAUCGACGCGGGCGUCGACGGCUUCCUCGGCAUGCUCAAGGGCGAGAACUUUGGAAAGGCCGUGCUGGAGAUUGCGAAGCUGGAGUAGGAUGCUUUGAUAUCACGGGUGGAGUGACUGGGAUCGGGAAGAGAGGGACCAGCAUUGCUGCUGAAAUGAAAAGAAAGUAAAGAAUAACAAGUAAAAUAAAAUAAAACUAAUAAAG